AUGGGAAGUGGUACCUCAACCCAACAUCAUUUUGCUUUCCAGAAUGCAGAGAAAGCCUUCAAGGCGGCAGCCCUGAUCCAGAGAUGGUACCGGCGCUACACGGCUCGCCUGGAGAUGAGGCGGCAGUGCACUUGGCGCAUCUUCCAGUCUAUAGAGUAUGCCGGACAGCAAGACCAGGUCAAGCUCCAUGAUUUCUUCAGCUACCUUGUGGAUCACUUCACCCCCAGCAGCAACCAUGAGAGAGACUUCCUAGACCGCAUGUUCACUGAGGAGAGAUUCCCCCAGAACUCUGAGAUGGAGAAAUUCAGUGACUAUGAAUCUAUACAAGUCCCGGACAAUUACACGGGGCCACGCCUCUCCUUCCCACUCCUUCCUGACCACGCAACGGCCCUGGUGGAAGCUUUCAGACUGAAACAACAGCUCCAUGCUCGCUAUGUCUUGAAUCUCUUGCACGAAACCAAAAAACACCUGAUACAACUGCCAAACAUCAACCGGGUCUCCACCUGUUACAGCGAGGAGGUCACAGUGUGCGGAGAUUUACAUGGCCAGUUGGAUGACUUAAUAUUUAUAUUUUAUAAGAAUGGCCUCCCAUCACCUGAGAGAGCCUACGUCUUCAAUGGUGACUUCGUUGACCGAGGCAAGGAUUCAGUAGAGAUCCUGAUGGUUCUUUUUGCCUUCAUGUUGGUUUACCCCAAAGAGUUCCAUCUUAACCGAGGAAACCAUGAGGACCAUUUGGUGAACUUACGAUAUGGCUUUACCAAGGAAGUGAUGCAUAAAUAUAAGACACAUGGGAAGAAAAUACUAAAAAUACUGCAAGAUGUUUUCUGUUGGCUUCCUCUGGCCACUCUGGUUGAUGAGAAGGUCCUGAUUCUUCAUGGCGGAGUGUCAGACAUGACCGACCUGGAGCUCUUAGCUAAACUAGACAGGCACAAGAUCGUUUCCACCAUGAGGCGCAAAACGAGAAAGGAGAACGGGAAACAGGCGAAGAAGGAGAAAGGCAACCAGACGAGCUCCGCAGGGAGGCCCACCCCGUGGUUUCUCCCCCAGAGCCGCUCUCUCCCCGCCUCGCCCCUCCGCCUGGGCUGCGUCCCGGCGCACAGAGCCGGCCGCUCGUCCAGCAUUCCCCGCGGCGCGCCCGGGGACGCGAAGGAGCUGGCCCCGCAGGUGCGGCGCUCCGUGGACCUGGAGCUGGACAGGUGCCGGCGGCAAGCAGGCUUCGCGGUGAGCCGGGGGAGGCCGGAGGCCCCGCUCUGCGCGCCAGAGGCGGACUCGGAAGCCGAGGAGCCGCUGGAGCCCACGCAGGAGGAGUGGAGGCAGGUGGUAGAUAUCCUGUGGAGUGAUCCGAUGGCUCAGGAGGGCUGCAAAGCCAACACUGUUCGUGGAGGAGGUUGUUAUUUUGGACCUAAUGUGACAGAACAGUUGCUACAGAAAUACAACCUGCAAUUCCUGAUCCGCUCACAUGAGUGCAAACCUGAAGGCUAUGAAUUCUGCCACAGCCGCAAGGUGUUAACCAUCUUUUCUGCCUCCAACUACUAUGAAGUUGGUAGUAACAGAGGGGCCUAUGUCAAACUGGGGCCGGCCCUGACCCCGUACAUCGUGCAGUAUCAAGCUAACAAGGUGACCCACAUGCUGACCAUGAGGCAAAGGAUCAGCAGAGUAGAGGAGUCAGCUCUGAGGGCUCUGCGGGAAAAGUUAUUUGCUCAUUCCACGGAUCUUCUUGGUGAAUUUAAGAAACAUGAUAUAGAUAAAACUGGUUUAAUCACCCUUAGUGACUGGGCAGAAGCCGUGGAGUCUGUGUUGCAUCUUGGACUGCCCUGGCGGAUGCUGAGGCCGCAGCUGGUGAACAGCUCAACAGACAACACAUUGGAGUACAAGUCCUGGCUGGAGGACUUGGCCAAAGAACAACUGAACCAUGAGAACAUACAGUCAAGUUUGCUGGAAACGCUGUAUCGAAACCGAUCCAAUCUGGAGACCAUUUUUAGGAUCAUAGACAGUGAUCAUUCAGGGUUCAUCUCAUUGGACGAAUUCAGGCAGACUUGGAAGCUGUUCAGCUCUCAUAUGAACAUCGACAUCACAGAUGAGUGCAUCUGUGACCUUGCACGGAGCAUUGACUUCAACAAGGAUGGCCACAUCGACAUCAAUGAGUUCCUGGAGGCCUUCCGCCUUGUGGAGCAGUCCUGCUCAGAGGGCAAUGCCUCAGGUCGCCCACAAGCCACAAACACUAAUGACGGUGCUGCAGCAAACCAGGCACACACUAAGAACAGCCUGGUGUCCAUCGCCCAUGGUGCCUCAUAACCAAUACUGCACUUGUCGCUGGAAUGGCUCCUUUAUUCUCCGUAGAUAUGUGGAAUUCUAUGCUGAGAA